AUGGCGAUCUACCGGGCUUGUCUGGAUCAAGUUGUUGCGCAAAGGCUCCUGGCAUCUCGGACACUCAAGGACGCUCAAAGGACCGCCCAGACAAGUGCACUGCUUCUGGUGCUGAUAUAUUUCACCGGUCUGUUCCUUGGAGUAGCCCUGACGGCUUGGUUUCGGGGCUGUGACCCAACGCAACUGGGAGAAAUAACCAACAUAGACCAAAUUGUGCCAUAUUACAUAAACACAUACCUGAUGGAUUUUCCUGGAUUGUCUGGAUUGUUUCUUGCUGGCAUCGUGUGCGCUGCAACAAGUACAGUGUCCUCGACAGUGAACUCCCAAGCUGCUAUUCUGUAUGUUGACGUCAUUGCACGUCGAUACAAAAACGCUGAGAACCACGUGCUCUGGAUUACACGUGGCACAGCUUUAGGUUUCGGUAUUUUAAUGACUAUCUACAGCAUGCUCUGCGGACGUAUGGGCUCUGUGACGCAGGCUUUCUUGAUGGUUGGCAAUGGAAUCACAGCACCAUUUGUAGGAUUAUGUCUGCUGGCUGUUUUGUUUCCAUUUGUUCAUUCAAAGGGCGCUGGCGUGGCGACGCUUUCACUGGUCGUGUACCAACUUUGUCACAUAACUACAAUUAUUCAGAGCGGACGAAGACCUCCCAGAAUGGAAGUCUCGCUCGACAGCUGCCCUGGAAAUCGCAGUAACAUUAGUUCAGCUAUAAAUGCUACAUUCGCCGACACGUACACACUCCUAGAAGAGCCAUUUGUCCUCUUCAGAAUGUCAUACCUGUGGACCAGCUUUUUUGCUAUAUUUGCAACUGUUUUAAUUGGUGUUGCAGUGAGUGCUGCCACAGGCGAAAUGAAGAACACAAAAUGGCAGGAUCAUCUUUGUUGUGACCGCGCUGUCGUGCUUUGGAGAAAACUGAUUGCUUUUUGUCGUGAAGAUAAAGUUCAGGUCGCGACCGCACCGAAUACCAAUGGAGAGCAGCACAGCCACAAGCUUGAAAUUGAUACCCUCCUCGCCUACACAAAAGAGACAAUCGUUUAG